AUGGCUGAAUCUGAAGAGUUUAAUCAACAAAAACCCGUGAAAACAACCAAACAGCAUAACAUAUUACCAAUUUGGGGUAAUGAGCAGACAAUGAAUCUGAAUCCUUUAAUAUUAGCAAACAUUCAAGGUUCUAGCUACUUCAAAGUGCACCUAUUCAAGUUGAAGACAUAUCAUGAGGUAGUAGACGAGAUCUACUAUCAAGUGAAACAUCUAGAGCCGUGGGAGCGCGGUAGCCGCAAGACUGCAGGCCAGACGGGCAUGUGUGGCGGCGUCAGAGGUGUUGGGGCUGGUGGCAUUGUAUCUACGGCAUUCUGUCUGCUCUAUAAGUUGUACACACUACGCUUGACGCGUAAGCAAGUCAACGGCCUGCUGCAGCACACUGACUCCCCAUACAUCAGAGCUCUUGGUUUUAUGUACAUCCGUUACACUCAGCCUCCAGCAGACCUGUUUGACUGGUAUGUGGAUUAUUUGGACGAUGAGGAGGAAAUAGACCCACGCGCGGGCGGCGGAGGCUCCACCACCAUCGGGGCGCUGGUGCGGCAGAUGCUGAUAAAAUUGGAUUGGUUCAGCACACUCUUUCCGCGAAUUCCCGUACCAAUACAGAAACAAAUUGAGCAGAAGUUGGCAGAACACAACAGACAAGUGCAAGCUACAAAGCCUGCGGCUAACUACAGAGGUGGGAGCAGCACGGGCUACAGCUCGGGUCGGAUGGAGUCUGAUCGUCGCGAGCACGACGACAGAGAUCGACGCGACUAUGGCGAUAUGGAUAGAUACUCAAAAGACAGACCAGCAAAGCGUGAUGACAGAGACAGAGAGCGCGAUCGAGAUAGAGACAGGGACCGAGAGCGUGAAAAGGACAGAAGGGAAAGAGACAGAGACCGCGACCGAGACCGAGACCGGCGCGAUCGAUACCGUGAUCGCUCUCGAGACCGCCACCACCAACGGUCACGAUCCAGAGACCGCCGCUACAGAUAA